AUGCGCCUUCUUGCUGCUCUGUGGUUUCUUCCACAAUGCUUCUCCUUGAAUAUCCUGCUCUUCUUACUGGGCACCAACCAGUAUGAAAGGAAUAUUUUCGAAAUUCUCGCUCAACAACUUGCCCUCCGUCAUCACCAAGUUACCACUGUCAAACCCAUAUUGAUUCCUGAAGAGCCUCGACUUGUCAAACCGAAGCUCCAUUUGGUAAAGGAAGAAAACACUGAAAAAUUUGCUACCCAGCAAUUCAGGGAGAUGUCCGAUGCUCUGCAAAAGGCCGGUGACGUCGUUCCAUGGAAGAACGAUUAUGAGGAAGAACCCCACGAUGAAGUGUACUGGAGGGCACACAAUGCAAGCUGCUACAAGAUGUUAAAUUCCAAUCUGAUGGACACUCUCAAGAAAGAAAACAUAGACGUUGCGAUAGUGUACGCUGGAAACCCGUGCCAGCUGGCUAUCACCCGCGUCUUGGCCAUUCCGGUUAUCUAUUUUGAUUUGGAAGGUAAACUUAUUCACGGUUUCUUGCGUUAA